CAAAACGCGAGCUCCAGAUGCCAAUGGAGUGGGCACCGCGCUGUCAUAUGGUACUGUCGCCGAUGCUCGAGACAAGAUUGAGGCUCGAGGAGACUCUGAGGCUCAACGGAGGCAGUCGUGACGUGGUGUCGAUAUCAUAACCGAUCCUCGACUUGGAAUAACCCAGCUGUGCGUUUGCGCCUUUCGCCUUGUGCGCGACGCGGCAAUGCACAGGAACAAUGGGGAUGGUCAGAGGUUGCGCUGAGGACGCCAGAUGCCAUACCGCACACAUGUCCUCCCUAACAUACGAAUCCAGGCUCAACGCAGGUUAUUGAUUAUGCUUGCGGGGUCCGACCGGGAGCCAGACGUUUCAGUAGCAGCAGCAGAGAGUGCAGCAAGGUGGAUGCUGCGCGGCGACGCGCCCCCUGAAUCCCUAAACUGAAUUUUGUGGCCUGUGUUUGAGAGUGCAUGUGUGUGUGUGCAUAUAUGAGUGUGCGCGCGUGAGGGCGAGCGUGAAAGUGUGUGUGAGCACAUCCACAUGGCCUCCAUGCAGGACGGGGUGAACUUCUCUGCUCAUCCCUACGGCAAAGUACUGCUGCUGGGGGCCAUCGCCGCCGCCUCAGCAUUCGUGGUCACCAUCCUCAUUGUCGUGCUAUGUGUAGGCUGCCAGAGGAAGGGGAAGACACACAAUGGCCCUGGAGAGGAGAGAAAGCACAGGCUCAUGGACAUGAGUAUACUGCGGCAGUCCAAGCUGCGCUCCAUCAGUAAGUCAGACACCAAGCUUCAUGAGAUGAACAGACUCAACUGCAAUGGCAAGAAAUCUUCUAAGAAGAACCGUCCUGCCAGCAUGGAUCUGCUUCUACUCUCUAGCCGUCGCUCAAACUCCGACCUGCGUUCUCAGGGUCGCCAGCUGCCUCAGAUCCCUUCUGGUGAGGACGGGGAACACACAUACGCCGAGGUGGGCCGGCGCGCCUCUCCCACUCGUGGAUCUGAAGAUGCACGCUACGGCGUCGGAGGUCGAGCCGGAGAGACGGACACACCUGCCCCACCGGCAGUCCCUGCUAAUACUCCAGCUCCCCCUGAUCCUGAUGGGGACUGCUUGGAGGGUGGGAUUCCAGAGUCAGAAACCCUCACCCAAGUGGUUAACACACCCCCUCAACCGCAAGAGACAGUGGAGUACGCCUGCAUCAGAAAGGUCCGGAAAGUGGACAAAGCAGCCCAGAAGAGAGACAAUGGGACGGAGACUGAGGAGGGACUUGGACAACAACAACAAAGACACAGUAGUGGGGACAUUAGGCAUGCGCCGCCCACUCACCAAGCCCCACCUCCAACACACCCUCACAGUCAAAAGAUUCCAAGGAAAAACAUGGAGGCCUUCAACCUUCCAUCAUUCCCGAAGGAGGCAGUGUUUAUGGGAAAUGGAGAGCAGUACAUAUGGAAACCUCCAGAAGAUGAUGAUGUCAUCUUCCAGCACAAGCAGAUGGGUAUUCUGGGCUCUCAUGCGGGAGAGAAUAUGGCAGCAUCUGCAGCAGGGAUCACAGAGAUGUACUCGAAAGUCUGCAAACCGGGCAAAAAGAAGCGAGGCGUGCCCGGAUCGCCCACCGCCACAAGGGACAUAAGCGGCUAUAGGACCUUGGCUCGGGGUGACCGUGGUGAGCGUGACGGGGGUUUCAGUGUGGUAGUCAAACCCCAAACGUGGGCCCCGCAGGAGGGCAAAAGCGCAAGAGCGCCACCAGGCUGCAUGGAGGACCACUGCUAUGAAGCCAUCAGCACUGAGGAAACAGACCUGGCUUACGAGACCAUGGAGGGUGGGGGAGGCUGGAGGCGUGACAGGCCUCCACCCAAUGCCAGUGCCACCUUGCGACCUAAGCGGAAACGGCCCCAGCAGCCUUUGCAACAACCGCCCCCACCCCCUCCACCCCCCCAGCAGACCCCUAAACUGCAGCAUCUCCCAGCUAAAGCAAUGCUUAUUCCUGGGGAGAGCCUGUACGAGAGCAUCCCUGACCUGAAGCAGAGCUCGGCCACCUCCAGCACAACCACCAUCUUUACUUUCAAUGACGGCAUGGAGAUGUAUGUCACUGGGCUGUAGGGGACGCUCUGGGGAAGGGACCUUUCCUCUCCGGGGCUUGAAUCUUUAAUAGGGACACGUGUGUGUCGAAACCCAAUGGAAUAUGCGUCAUUGCUAUAUAUUUUACAUGGGUUCCAAGUGUUAGUUGAGCAUUGAGUUUUGUAAGUCUAGUUAAAGGUCAGUAAUCUGCAGCACAAUAUGUCAGAACGCUUACGUGAAAAUCCAGACUAAAUGAUUUUGAUUAGUCGCACGACUCCAUCACGAAGAAGAAAAAAAAAAGUCACCAGCCACGACAUAUCACCACAGAACAACAUAUCACACAGUAGCAAUUCUUGUUUUUUUGUCAUUACAUGCUGUAGUUUUAGACAAAGUGACCAUCGGAAUUGCGGGUCAGACUUGUAUUUAAUGCCUAGAAAAUCCCAAAGGAGAAAAAAAAAUGAGCACAAGUCUAUUAUAAAAGCAAAGUGUUUAAAAGCACAACAUAUUUGUGUUCCCAAGGCCAUUUGAGAAAAAAUAAAAGUAUCUUGAUUUGACGCCCUUAGCAAAAUAACGUUCCCGGUUUCAAAAGUUAUCAGGGGCCAAUCACAAGCUGUUGCCAAGCAAAAUGCCAUAUAUUGGCAAAAAAGUCUAUUUAAUUAAUAGAAGAGUUGAUCUUAUUUUAAAAUGGAUUAAAUAUAUCUAUUAUGUAAAAGCUGUGGGAAACACAAUGUCCUAUUUUUAUAAAGUCAAAGCCUCUAUUUCUUUAAAAUAAAAUCUUAAUUUUAGAAAUGAAAUAAAGAUUCUAAUUCGACUGAUUAAACAGAUCCUAUACGUGAAGAAAAUAUUUUCUAUUAAGCACAAAUGAUCACAUGCUAAGCAUGUUGUCUGUCAUAGACAGCCCCCUUUAGAAAUUCAAGAGUACAUUUAAAAUGUUAAAAAUGAAUAGAUGUUAAAUAGCAAUUGUCAUGGAGAUAAUUAGAAGAAGCUCAGGGACAGUGGAAAAAAUAAUAACUGCACACAAAAAGUUAUCUCACAGGAGACCCCCAAUGUCUUUUCAUGUUAUUUUUGUUUUGGUCAUACAUAAAUUCAAACUGUCACAUGGGUCACCACAGCACUUCGAUGCGGUAAAGUAAAUGUUUUUCUUUGUCAAUACUGUUUAUGCACUUUGCCUGACUAAAAAGAUGCAUGCUUAAAAAAACCUUGAAAAGGGAUAAAAAAAAGAAAAGAAAGAAAAGUGAAACUAGCACUGUCCUGUGGUAUCAAGAGAAUGGUUUAUUUCUUGCUGUUGUCGGUGGAUUGUUUGAUUUAUAUGCCUUUUUCUUCAUCUGAGAAAGAGCACAAAGUGAAUCGCUUCAGGAUUGGGGAGACCAAUGAGGACUCAAGGAGGACUCUCUAAACAAAACAACUGGACAGUUAGUAAUAUAACAUAAUUGGUCAGUUGAAAUGUAUCACAGACAAUCCCUUUCCCCCCAUCAUUUCAAAAGCAGUCCACGUCCAGAUCCAGAUCAGAUUGAAUGGGAUUGCAUACAUUUGAUUGUUGCAAAAAAAAAAAAAAGAAAAAGAAAUCUCCUGUAUGUUAUAUGGAAAUAAUGGGAGAUAAAAAAACAAAACAACAACUAAGUGAUAUAAAAUUAGUAUAUGUCACCCUGUUGGUCUAUGGGAGGGGGGUUGAGGUUUUAUUGCCAGACAGUGACAAGCUUCACCAAUGGACUAAUGUCAACGUACUAUCUAUAAAUUGUGGACUGUCUCCGCUCUCUUGGUGUGUUUGAAUCUGAUGCUAAUGUAAUCUGGAUUAAAUUAUCCCAAAUGGCUGGAGCACAAAGAAAGGGGCUCAGGUCAACCAAAUAUAAUCAAAGCCCUCAUCUAAGCCUUCGUUGCCAUCAAAUGUUGGUGCGAUGUUGUAAAUAUGUUACAAACUGAAGAAAUGAAGAAAAGGGGGAGGGAAUUUGAUCUUGGUGUUCCUGAAAGUGUUUGUUUCUUUCCGGUUGUCCUUUUGGAAUGAUUUUUCUGGGUGAAAAAUUAUCUCAGCAGUAUCUCUGUGAGUUUUGAUUAUGUGCUUUGGGAAUUUUGUUUUUUGUUUGUUUUUAAGUUCCACAUCAUUUUAGCUAUACUGUGUAUCUCAAAGACCAGUUGAGUUUAGUGUGGCAGCUAAUGUUGUGCGUUUGCUUAUCAAACAACAGGGUGGUGUGUAUUAAAGCUGUGUAAUUAAGUA